GAGAGCGGAGCUCAGGAGGCCGACACGAGUGCGUUUCCCUCGUCCGGCUCGUCAUCCAUUCGCAGGCCCGACUCGCGACGGCCGGUUGCACACCUCGCCUCGGUUGCACUCAGCUGCACACGCUACGCAUUCCGUUUCAACGCGUCGAGCACGCAGUAUCGGGAGAAGAGAGAGAUCAGCUGUUUUCGCCGUUUCUUCGCGCUGAAAGGAAAGACAGGAUGAGGGAAAUCGUGCAUCUGCAGGCUGGACAAUGCGGCAACCAGAUCGGAGCUAAGUUCUGGGAAGUCAUCUCUGAGGAGCACGGAAUCGACCAGUCGGGUAUUUAUCACGGGGAAAGCGAUUUGCAACUCGAACGAAUCUCCGUAUACUAUAAUGAGGCAUCUGUUGCGACAUCAACGAACGGAGGGAAAUACGUACCUCGCGCGAUCCUGCUGGAUCUGGAGCCGGGGACGAUGGAUGCUGUACGUUCCGGUGCUUACGGGAAGCUCUUUAGACCGGACAACUUCGUGUUUGGGCAAUCCGGUGCCGGUAACAAUUGGGCGAAGGGCCACUACACCGAGGGCGCCGAGCUGGUCGACUCUGUCCUCGACGUGGUGCGAAAAGAGUGCGAGAACUGCGAUUGCCUUCAAGGUUUUCAGCUCACUCACUCGCUGGGAGGCGGCACCGGGUCCGGAAUGGGCACCCUGCUGAUCUCCAAGAUCCGCGAGGAGUAUCCCGACCGGAUUAUGAACACUUAUUCGGUGAUGCCGUCGCCCAAAGUGUCCGACACCGUGGUCGAACCGUAUAACGCGACCCUGUCGGUGCAUCAAUUGGUGGAGAACACCGACGAGACCUAUUGCAUCGACAACGAGGCUCUAUACGAUAUCUGUUUCCGCACUCUCAAGGUUUCCAAUCCGAGUUACAACGACCUCAAUCACCUGGUCUCGCUCACCAUGUCCGGAGUAACGACUUGCCUCAGGUUCCCCGGCCAGUUGAACGCCGACCUUCGGAAGCUCGCGGUGAACAUGGUGCCUUUCCCGCGUCUGCACUUCUUCAUGCCGGGUUUCGCGCCUCUGACGUCCAGGUCCAUGCAGCAAUACUCCGCGCUCUCCGUGCCGGAGCUCACCCAGCAGAUGUUCGACGCGAAGAACAUGAUGGCGGCCUGCGAUCCUCGCCACGGCAGAUACCUCACCGUGGCGGCCGUCUUUCGCGGCAGGAUGUCGAUGAAGGAGGUCGACGAGCAGAUGCUCAGUGUACAGAACAAAAACAGCUCGUACUUCGUCGAGUGGAUACCGAACAACGUGAAGACCGCCGUCUGCGACAUCCCGCCGAAGGGUCUGAAGAUGUCGUCGACCUUCAUCGGCAACACCACCGCUAUUCAGGAGCUGUUCAAGAGGAUCUCGGAACAGUUCACGGCGAUGUUCAGGAGGAAGGCUUUCCUGCACUGGUACACCGGCGAGGGCAUGGACGAGAUGGAGUUCACCGAGGCCGAAUCCAACAUGAAUGAUUUGGUAUCCGAAUACCAGCAGUACCAGGAAGCCACGGCGGAGGAGGACUUCGAGGCGGAAGAGUGCGCAGAUGACUUUGAAACUUGCGAGCAGGAAAACUGAAGAGCAACGCGAUGCUGCUACUUUCUUCUGGUUCUGUCUUCAGCUUUUCUACCUGUGUCCUCGUCCAUCGUAGGAGCUCGCGGAACGACCGACUGUGCGCUCGCGAGAAGCCGCCUUUUGAUAUUUUUUUAUAUAAUACGUUCUGUAAUCGACGAGGCGAAUGUAAUAUAGGCGAUUUUAUACGGGAUUGUGAUAUUGAGAUAUUUAUGAAUAUAUACCAAUGUGGUAUAUAUAUUUAUACGUGUUACGAGGACGUGUAUUUUUGAAGGCAAAUGAUAUAAUUGCGAUGAAUAAUAAAUUGAAAAAUAA